ACAGCUGCUGACUUUGGACUCAGUUGAGAAGAGCAGUUUGGUCAACACACAAACGACAUCACAAUGUCCAUCUCUGCUUGCCUUCCCGAUUACCCGGUCAACUCCGAUUUCGUAAAGAGAUUAAAGGCAGCCCUGGACGCCAGGGAUGAAGUGAAAGUGAGGGAUUUGAUCUGCACUGAAGUUCGGCACGUAGACGCUGUGAUAGAAUUGGCCAACGACGACUGGAUGAAGGACCCCUCGGCCCAGCUGCCCUCCGGGGUGCUCCUAGGAGACCUGGACCGUCUUAAGCUCCUCAUGGACCAGUUCUUCCAGGAUGCCAACGUGGUGUUUGAGAUCAAGAAGGAUGAGAUGGAGUGGCAGGUGAAAUCCUUGGGCACGUUUGGACUGUCAGGCCUCUGGACCUUGGAGUACAAGCGCGAGCUCACCACGCCCCUGUGCAUCGCCGCGGCUCAGGGCCACACGGCCUGCGUGCGCCACCUGCUCGGCCGCGGCGCCGACCCCGACGCCAGCCCCGGUGGCCGCGGCGCCCUGCACGAGGCCUGCCUGGGUGGUCACACGGCCUGCGUCCGGCUGCUCCUGCAGCACCGCGCCGACCCGGACCUGCUCAGCGCCGAGGGCCUGGCGCCCCUGCACCUCUGCCGCACGGCCGCCUCUCUGGGGUGCGCGCAGGCGCUGCUGGAGCACGGCGCUUCGGUGCAGAGCGCGGGCGGCGCGGGCCUGGACACGCCCCUGCACGUGGCGGCGCAGCGCUGCCUGGACGAGCACGCGCGCCUCUACCUGGGCCGCGGGGCGCGUGUGGACGCGAGGAACGGCCGCGGCGAGACGGCCCUCAGCGCGGCGUGCGGCGCGGCGCGGCGGCCCGACGAGCACGCGCGCUGCCUGCGCCUGUGCGCGCUGCUGCUGCGGUGCGGCGCGGCGGCGGACGCGCGCGACGAGGACGAGCGCAGCCCGCUGCACAAGGCCUGCGGCCACGCGCGCCAUGGCCUGGCGCGCCUCCUGCUGCGGCACGGCGCCGACGCGGGCGCGCUCGACUACGGGGGCGCGUCGCCGCUGGCCCGCGUGCUGCACGCGGCGGCCUGCGCGCCCGAGGCCGCGCCGCAGCGCACGGUGCAGGCACUGCUCAACCACGGCUCCCCCACCGUGUGGCCCGACGCCUUCCCCAAGGUGCUGAAGAGCUGCGCACCAAACCCUGAGGUCAUCGAGGUUCUUUUCAACUCCUACCCUCAGCUCCGUGUGUCAGAGUCCUGGAAGGAGGUGAUCCCUGAAGAAGUGUUUCAGAUGCACCAGGCUUUCUACCAGUCCCUCUUUGCCUUGGCCCACACCCCACGCUGUCUGCAGCAUCUCUGCCGCUGUGCCAUUCGGAAGCUGUCUGGCAGAAAGUGCUUUUACCUCGUGCCCCUGUUGCCCUUGCCGAAGUCCCUGCAAAACUACCUCCUUCUGGAGCCAGAGGGGGUUUUGCACUGAAACCCGGAGAUUUGGACCAAGAUACUUG